AAAAUAAGGGUUUGGUCUUCUUCUUCUUCCUCGCGCCGCAUUCGCUGUUGUUCCCUGCACUGGCUCGGUCGUCGUCCGUCGCGCUCACACUUUCUCGCGCUCUCCAUCAUCAGUGGGGUUCGGCCUCAGGCAAUACUUCGAAUUAGGAACAUGAGACUUAUAGGGGGUGUUUUGCGGUCUGUUAAUGCUGUUGGUUUUUCAUCCCAAUUUCAGCAACCUCAGAUCUUCAAGGCUCUUUUCUCUACAAAUCCUCUGUCAAGCACACAGAGUGGCAAAGAUGGUGGCUCAUUUGAGUCUACUGAUGAAUUUGAACGUCGGGUAUUUGGAGAUAUUCCUGAGAGCAAUCCAAAGUCUUCUUCAUUUUUUGCAAAGUUAGAUAGAGUCCAGAAAGCUCCGGAAAAAUUUGGUUCCAAUUUUCCAUUUGGUUCUGGGAAAGAAUCUAAGAAUUGGGAUGCUGACGAUGAGUUAUUCGAUACAUUAUCUGAUGGGAUGGAUUUGAAGCUGAAACGGGAAGCUACUUACUUUGAAUUUGACCCGGAAGAAGUUGAACAAGAAGAUUAUCAAUACAGACCGGAUGUAACUUUUUGGCCUUGCAAUACCUAUAAUACUAAGGAUCUUGAUAUUAGAAAACCCGCUGCUACGAAAGAGUUCAAAAGGCCAGAGUUUGAGGUGACAACGAAGGAAGUCUUGAAGAAAGCUGAUUUCAGGAAUGUCAGGUUUCUCGCCAAGUUCUUAACCGAAUCUGGUAUCAUAAUAAAAAGGAGCCAGACAAAAAUCAGUGCCAAGGCACAGAGAAAAGUGGCUAGGGAAAUCAAGACAGCCAGGGCUUUCGGUUUGUUGCCAUUCACCACAAUGGGGACAAAACAAUUCGUUGUUGGAAAAUCUAUGGAAGACCAAGAUGACGAUUACGCAUACGAUGCUUAUUAUGAGCACAAUUUCGUGGAUUCGAAUGGAAGAGAGGACCCUAUUGAAUCUUAAGAGAAAUGAGACAUUUUUUAAACUAUAUUUAUGUUUAUUUGUUUGGACAAUGAAACUUAGACUUUUGGUAUAACCAGAAGGUUGAAAAGGGAUUGCUAGGAAAUAUCACUUGCUAAACCAACAUUGUAACGAGAUAUUUUGUUCUUCAUCAUUGUCUUUUUAAAAGUUUAAUGUUGAAAUCUUAAAUAAUAAGUUCAAAUGUUU